AUGCCGGGCUCCUUUUCAGAGACACAAGCCGUUGGUGUGCCCGUGGCGCUCCUGUUGCUGGAUGGUUCUACCGUAAAGGGGACAAUAUUUACCUACAACCCAGUGGAGGAGCUAAUUGUGUUGUUCCAGGGCAUUUCAGGGAACACUCCGAACGUGAAGAUAAUCCGAACGCGCUUCAUUAAAGAGAUAAACGCCGUUAACGACGCAGAGGCAGAGAAGCUCCCACCACAGCUGGACCUCAAGGCCCGUCUGCCUUCCAUGCAUGCUGGUCGCGAACGCUCCCUUUUCAAGUACGCAAAUUCGCAGCUUCGUGCUGCCCGAGAGAAGCGGGCGGUACUGCUUCAAACUGACGACAGAAAUACACCCAUUGCGGCACUUGAUGCCCUCACUAAACUUGCCAGGAUUUACCCCGAUAUCCACUGGGACAAGGAGGAAGGUGUCAUCCGGUUCAAUCAAGAGGUCUUCGUCAGGGGGACGCCCGACUGGAACACUCCGGUCGCCGUUGCUGCUGAUGGAGCCACUGAUAACAGCGUAAGUUUGGUCGGUCGCAUUCAGAAGACACUCGCCAAGAAGUAA